AUGCUUGAAGUGAUUGAAGUGACUGAUGUACCUCCAAAUACUCCAGAUCCAAAAAUCUUGGAUAAAUGGACACAAACGGAUGUUAAGAAUCAUUUUAGGAAUCAAUUUGUAUCAAAAAUGCGUCGAUAUAACAUUACUCAUUAUGAAUUGGAAAGUUUUUUAUCUCAAAAGCUAAUCGGAAGGGAUUUACUUUACGUCACAUUUGAUGUAACUUAUUCCUUUGGAAUGAGUUAUGGUUCGGCUAGGAGAAUUUUUGAAGAGAUUGAGAGAUUGAAACUUCGGUAA